AUGCCGCCUGCUUCUCGGCCCGUCAAGCUAGCAUGCCUCCCUUGCCGGGCUUCCAAGAUCCGCUGUAACGGCCAGGAUCCGUGUUCGAAUUGCAUCAGUCACGGUGACGAAUGCCGAUAUCAGCCCAGUCGACGAGGUGGUGCUCGACGGGGCCCAGCGGCCGCUGAAAAACUGGCCAAGAAGGAAACCCAACGGUGUGCAGCUAAACCCGCUGUGGAUAAUCUUGAGAAAGAGCCUGCGCCUCACGGCGAGCUCUACCAUCGGCAUACGCAGGGCAGUACCUCCACUCUCAACACUCCGCUACCAAUAUCCCCAGCCGAAUCGGGACUCCGGCCGUCCAGCAUAUUAAGGGAGGAUUGCGGUGUCUCACCCCUUGGUGGAAUACCUUCUGGGUUCUUAGGUCCGGUAAACCAUCCCCCGAAGGCUCUUCGGGCUUAUGACUGCUCUGAGGAUUUAAUCAACGCGUACUAUAUAUUCAUUCACCCUUAUUUCCCCCUCCUGCCUCCCCCGGUGGUCGCCCAGUACGAGGACAAGUGCGUCAGCGUAGAGGUUCGCUCUACUCAUGCCAAUGCUUCUUCCCUACCCCGCUGGCCCACAUCUCCACUGGGUUUGGCCCUGGCAGCAAUACUGACUCUAAUCCCUCCGACGGGAGAUUCCAACUCAGCCGACGACGGGGCAGCCGCACUCCGUCGAUCCUACGCUGAUUCGUAUGCGAGGUCGGCUCUGGAGUCCCUAGAGGAUCUACUCGAACCGUACUCACAUGCCAAUCUCGCCGAUGGCCCGCGGAGUAUUUUGCAUUAUGCGAUCCCUCAGAAGAUGGAGCCUGUCCUCGCAUUGGCCCUUCUUAGCCUAUACGAGUGUUGCCAGCGCGGGAAUGUCCCGAAAAUGCGCCUCCGGGCGAACCAGGCUCUGACUGCUGCCAUGGACCUGUCAUUGCAUACCGAAACGCCACAGACUGGUUUCUUGGAUGCGCACCGCCGGUGCUGGUGGGCAGUAAUGUUUCUCGUAUACCAGUCAUCUAUAAUGACUACAUCGCCCCCUUUUAUCACCUUUGAUGACAUCCGGAUCACAACUAUGUUCCCCGAAUUCCGCGGCUGCCGAGAGGUUCGUACUUUACUUUCCAUUGAAACCCUCAGACCUAACCAUCCAUCACAUGUCCAGCCGUGGCCAUUACUGGUGAAGGCCCAAGCAGCUCUCCUCCGCAGCUGCUGCAUCGGCCGCGAGCUCGAUCGAGAGCUAAGGACGGGCCAGAGUUUAUCGUUCUCGAUACGGGAAGAAAUAAAAGAUCUAGACUCCCUCAUCCUCGGGCUUGCAGCCGAAGCAGACCGCUUCCGCUGCGUAACUAAUUACCAGGGCGCCGAAGCUGAUGCCUCUCGCAACCUCUGGGCUAUAUCAAACGCCCUCAUCCACACUUCUCGGCUGACACUGCAUAGUGUCCGCGCGUUUCCAGACCGUCGUAGGAUCCUCGACGGGCCUAUUGACCUCCUCUCCCUCGAUGCUAGCUGUACACCAUCCAGUUUAGUAGAAAGCUUCCACCUCUCGACAAGCCAGACUGGUGAGGUCGACACUCACUUCCCAUUUACAGAGCGGGAAUCAAUAAGGAUAUGUCUCCACUCGUCGCUGGUUGUGUCCCGGGUGUUUCGCCGCUUACCAUCUCCAAACCCAAGCUACUCUGAUACUACCGUUGAUAUGACUGCCGCUAUGCCCUGGACAUCGUGGCGGCGGCUGAGCUCUCCGCGCUCAAUCCCUUACAUGGCCAGCUGCCAGAUGCAGAGCUUUUAUACGCUCGCGAUGGUGCUAAAGUGCGUCAAUACAGCACUGUGCUCUGGGACUAUAAGCAGCUACGCCUAUCUUUUUGAGCAGCCGAGCGUGACAACGGAAGUGCAAGACGCGGAGCGGCUCGUGGAGGAACUUCAAAUUGGUAUGGAUGCGCUUCGAAGAUCGAUCAAGGCAGAUGUACUCUUUGGGGGGGUUGAAGUGAUGGCUAGAGAGGUGGAGCGGGUGUUUGAGGCGACCUUGAUGGGUUGA